UGCUGUCAGAAGGACAAAAUGACUCAGUGUGAUUCUCUCUUUCUCUCGCUCUCUGUCUCUCUCCUUGGGCUGUCAUUAAUCCAGACCCACUGACGCUUCUACACACAAUGAGGAUUUGAAAAACUUUGUCAGGUUAUGUGAAGCUACUUCUGUUGUUGUAAGUAUGCCUGUAUGCCUGCACCUGUCUCCUCAAUUGCCUGGCAGAGCUGCAAGGGUAUUAUCUGUGUGAGUCUGGCCACACGCAAUUCUCCCCCUGCAAGUGUGUGUGCGUGUGUGUUGCCAAACGCUCAGCUUCUGCGUGCUCCACCAGUCUCCUCGCUCCAGCACUCCAGCUGCUUUUCUCCACAGACGGACACAUUCUCACUCCCUGCUCUUCCUCUCAUCUCCCCUGUUGGAGUGCGGCUGCCGCUUCUUUAUCCUGGACACCCCCCUGGCCUCCAUGAGUGCAACUGAGGACACCCAGUCUGUCCCUGGAAGAUGGGAAAUGCCUCGGAAACUGGCCGGUUUGUUUCCACAAUCCCCAAGGAGCAUGAUGUCUUCAUGGGCGCCGUUUACACGACUUUCUGUGUGCUGUCUCUGCUGGGGAACUGCAUUCUGCUUCUUGUAGCGUAUCGGAAGAGAUCAUCCCUGAAACCAGCAGAGUACUUCAUUGUGAACUUGUCCAUCAGUGACCUUGGAAUGACUGUGACUCUUUUUCCUCUAGCUAUUCCCUCAGCAUUCGCGCACAAGUGGUUGUUUGGAGAGCUGACGUGUUCGUAUUACGCUGUUUGUGGCGUUCUCUUUGGGUUAUCCAGCUUGACCAACCUCACUGCGUUAUCUUCAGUGUGCUGCCUGAAAGUCUGCUUCCCAAUUUACGGUAACAAAUUCUCAUCCUCUCAUGCUUGUCUGAUGAUUGUGGGCGUGUGGUGUUUUGCCUCAGUCUUUGCUGUGGGACCCCUGGCACACUGGGGCCGCUAUGGCCCUGAGCCUUACGGAACAGCAUGCUGCAUAGACUGGUAUGCACCCAAACACGAUGCACUAGCCAUGUCCUACAUCAUCUGCCUCUUCCUCUUCUGCUAUGUGGUUCCCUGUACCAUCAUCUUCCUCUCCUACACCUUCAUCCUCUUCACUGUACGUGGAUCACGGCAAGCGGUGCAGCAGCAUGUGUCACCACAGACAAAGACUGCCAAUGCACACUCUCUUAUUGUCAAGCUCUCUGUGGCAGUAUGUAUUGGUUUCCUGAGUGCCUGGACCCCUUACACCAUUGUUGCAAUGUGGGCAGCAUUUAGCACAUCACUGCAUGUCCCACCCAUUGCCUUUGCCCUUGCAGCAAUUUUUGCCAAAUCCUCCACCAUCUACAACCCCGUGGUCUACCUGCUGUUCAAACCCAACUUCCGCAAGUCUCUGACUAAUGACACAGCUGAAAUCCGCAGAAGAAUUUGCUCUAGCCCCUGCAAGGGAAGCCCUCUUCCUGAAGAGAAGGACCCACAAACUUCACAACGCUGCAACAACAAGGAUAUUAGCAACUCCACUCACCUUUCCAACGGCCUACCAGACAACCAUGGGGCGUGUCUUCACUGUGCUGAGUCUCAUGGCCAACAGGCAACACUUCAAAGGACCGCCUGCGUACUUACUGGCUCCACCCACAGUGAACUGACUGUGAGCCAGAUGUCAGAAAAAAUGCAAGCUGACUUCAUAUGAGCAGCCUGAAGAUCAUCUGACGCAUGCCAGAAAGAGGUAGACAGACGGGUGGUGACAAAAUACAAGCCUUGGAACGGGAUGCCUGCUUCUUGAGUAGAAAAUAUGAGUCAGAAAAGAUUAAAAUGAUUCAGACAACAUAUAAAAAAGGGAUAAUACAAUGUGAGUCACUUCAUUCAGAUGCUAUGUUCCUUCAGUAAAGAACUCUUGAGGACUUUUAGAUCCGAGUCAGACUGGACAGGAGGACACAGCACAUUGGAGGACAGAAUACUCGUGAACUUUCAGAACCCACAAACUACUCCAGCAGAUCAACAUCAAAAUCAAGAUGACCUUUGCCAUCCCAUCCAUAUACAAGUAUACAGCAGAAACAAAUGUUCCUCCAGGGCCUUGGAGCAACUUACACACAUGGCCUCCAGGAAUGAGAUAGAUCUUUAACUCUUAGAAGUCAAGCUCUAUUACUUUUGUAAUGCUAUAUGCACGCAAAUACAUAUUUCAUUCAUAGUACAGAGUUCUCAGCAAAUUAUCUUUACAUGCACUUUGCUCUCUGUACCUACAGGUUCAGGUCUGCACUUCCAACAACUUUCUCUGUUCGUUUUCAUGUGAAUAAAUGACAAAAACGUAGUAAUUAGCACUGCAUCAAAAUGAAAAUUCUUAAUUAAACUGAAGCAGAAAUUCAGGACACACUAGGCCGAAAACUGAAACCAAGCAUACGCACAGAUAUACCGGGAGAGGGGUUGAUCUCUCAGACUAUUCAAGUGUCCCAUUGGUUUCUUCACUGUACUUUAGCACAGUCUAGCUAUGCCGCGCCCCUUCAUCAUUCUUGAGUGCCUCCUCUGGUGCUGUACCAAUGCCUGCAGACGUUUCCACUUAGCAAUGGCAACCUUGGAUGUGCGUAUCACAUUUGAGCUAGAUACCCCAGCAAUAAUCACAUAUAACCCAGUGUCACAUCGCACAAAGUGGUUAUUCUGAACAAUCAAACAAAUGACAGUAAGAGGGGCACAUGACUUGCUAAACCAAGUCUUUGUCAGUCUUUUGUGAAGCAUGAGUUUAUGUGGAACUCUUAAACAGAGUUGCAAUACUGUGGUUUACAGCUAUUAGCGUAGUGGGUAAUGUUACAGCCUUGCAUGCUGGAGAUUAGGGUUCUAAACUCUGCUUGAGAAAGAAAGUUUGCGUUAUUGGCAGCCUUUGGAAAAAAAACAGGAUCCAGGGCCUGAAACUGAAAACCAAGUAAAUAAAAAACAAUUUACAUAAAACAAACUUACUAAAAUAAUGACACUAUAUAGGCUGCAGAUCAUGACAUUUUCAUGACAACAUAGAGUGGCUGGUCAUCCAAGGCAUUAUUUAUUAUUGCUGUUUGAACACAUCAGGUUGUUUUUGGGUUAUUUUAGCCUGAUAUAUAUAUAUAUACAUACACACACACAGUACUGUACAAAUGUUUUAGGCAUCUAAGCAAUUUUUUUAACA